AUGUCUUCCCCUCGCAUCCGAAUUGGGUAUGCCCUUUCCCUCAAAAAGGAGCGUUCUUUCAUCCUCCCUUCACUCGUCGACUAUGCCAAACUCCAUGGCAUCGACUUUGUCCGCAUUGACCCUCUUCUCCCUCUUACUGAGCAAACCCCUUUCCACUGCAUCAUCCACAAACUCUACGACCCCUCAUGGGUUCAGCAACUGCAGGAUUUCACUUCCCAGUUUCCCGAUGUCGUCGUUGUCGAUCCACCAGAGCUAAUCUCCCGGCUUCUCAAUCGUGAUUCCAUGCUUGAAGUUGUUAAGGAGGUCAAAGUUCCACAAGGGGAUGAGCGGAUUGAAACUCCUAAGCAAGUCGUGGUGAAUGAUUUGGAUGUUUUGAUGAAAAAUGGGUUGAAUACGUUUAGCGAUUUGGGGCUUAAAUUUCCCGUAAUUGCCAAGCCCCUGGAGUCUAACGGCAGUGCGAGGUCUCAUCAGUUGUGUUUGGUGUCGAAUGAUAGUGGAUUGAAGGGAUUAAACGCUCCGAUUGUGUUGCAGGAAUUUGUUAAUCAUGGUGGUGUUGUGUUCAAGGUUUAUGUAGUGGGGGAGUGCGUAGUGUGCGUGACGAGGAAAUCGCUGCCGGACAUUGCGCCGGAGGAUGUCAAGAAGUUGGAUGCAGUUUCGAGUUUUUCGCAGAUUUCGAAUUCAGGAGCUCAAGGGGAUGACGAGGGUAAUGUUGAAAUGCCAUCUUUGGAAUUUGUGAUGCAUGUGGCAGCUGGGUUAAGGGAAGCAACAGGGCUUAGGCUUUUUAACUUUGAUCUGAUUAGAGAUAGUAGCGAUCAUAAUAGGUAUCUUGUGAUUGACAUUAAUUAUUUACCUGGGUAUGCCAAAAUGCCUAACUAUGAGCCUUUCUUAACCAAAUUUUUCUUAGAUGUUGUUCAAAAUCGAACUGUUGGUGGAGCCUUCAGUUCUUCCUAUGUAAAUGAAAACGAGGUAGUGUUCUGUUGA